GCCUAGACCAAACUACCACACCCUCCCUUUCUCCGCAGCUUUGGGACCACUGGGACCACACGAUGUUCUUCCCGGAUUUCCGGCCCUUCCUGAGCGGCUCCCUGGAUUCCGAGGGCCGGGAUCCGGAUCGGGGACCCCCGGGAGAGCUGUGGGGGCCCGGCCGCCCCCCCCGGCUGCCCCCGAGCCGCAGGUUCCGAUCCCGAGGCAGCUCCCGCCCGGAUCGCUCGCCCGCCAUCGAGGGGAUAAUCCAGCAGAUCUUCGCGGGGUUUUUCGCCAACUCGGCCGUCCCUGGCUCCCAACAUCCCUUUUCCUGGAGCGGGAUGCUGCACUCCAACCCCGGGGAUUACGCGUGGGGACAGAGCGGCCUCGACGCCAUCGUCACCCAGGUGAGGGGCACCCGUGCCA